AUGUACUCCAGGACAGGCCCACCACGUCCUCUCAAUCAGCAACAACAAGAGAUUCAAGAUAGAAAACAGGCAAAGUUGGAAGCAGAAAGAGCGAAAAAGGCAAAGGAAUUAAAGGAACAAAAAGAACAGAAAGAGAACCAGAAGCGAGAAUGGCCAGAUGUCACUGUCGACUACAACCGAGAGCUGUGGAUGGACCAGUAUAAAAAGAAGCACGAAACAAUACUCGGCGAGUCCGUCGACAUUUUCGUCGACAAAUUUGAGAAGAUGGAGAAAUCUCAAGCUGAGGAUCAUCUUCUCAACAUUCUCACAAAAAUCACCUUUGUCGAAAAUAAUUUGACGGUGAAUGGAGUCCAAACUGUUGAGAAGCUGUUUGAGAAUUUGCAGAAAGCAGCGUCGAAUGAAUCGGGGGACAACCCAUUCAAAUCGAUCGAGGAACUGUCGGAGUUUCUGAAGGAAACUUAUUUCAAUUUCCGCAAAGAAGUCGACGAAUACAGAAAUAUCGGAGUUCAAAGUCGUCGAUGGAUCCAGUUCAUCAAGAAUAAGUUGGAUAAGGGAGACAUUGUUGACGAGGACACGUUUCAUGAUUUAUAUGCUGAAUUCCAAGGAUCCAUCCCCGCAGGUCACGAAUUUGCGCGUUGUGAAGCUCCUCUCGACUACACAUCCCUUCGGCAAAUGGGCAAUACAGUUCCAGUGUUCAAAUAUGUCCUAAAGUUAUUUCUCAAUGUCCAAAACAAUCAAAACCCCUACUUUCAGGCGGCGAUCCACGGAGUCAUUGCUCCAAUGAAGCAUCUGAAUGCGUUUGAAGUUCUCGGAGUUGAAGUUCUGCCACUGAGCUUGGAGAACAACUUGUGUACCGGAUCGAACGGGAAGAUAAAACACCCUGACAGGAGCGAGCUGAGAACCGCCGAUUUUGGAACCGUCGAAGAAGUUCUUAAUGCCAAUUUGAAGAAAUCAGUUAGCAGCACUGCUAAACUUCCAGGAAACAAUUAG